AUGAUCGGGUUUUUUAAUAUAUUGCAGCAUCUCCCUCCCGACACUCUUCAUCAUGUUUGCGUCCAAGCUGAAAGACAACUCACUUCUGCUGGAGGAUCACAUCAACCCAGAGCCUCUGGAGCCCCGAAGCCACCGCACUCUCUGAGCGGUGGAAGUAUGAGCGUAGACACGAACCGACUUGCCGCUUUUAUUGAGUUCCGCACCCUCCCAAUUGGUGAGUUGAUCAUCCACUUUCAUAUUUUUAGCCUUCUUCCUCGUGGAAACUCUGUCAACGUUUCAAUUCACUAUUAA